GAAAAAAUAUUUUCUAUGUGCGAAAAAAAAGCGCGGCUUCUGGAGACUUCCAUAGAUUCGUUGGUUCCCAGCAUCUCCUCCUUUUUUGUCACCACCUCCCCUGCGGCCCCAAAACCCAGUACCAUCAACUUCUUCUUCUUCAGCCUCUCCGUGUUUUCUCUCCGAGCUCAGAAAUCGAUCAGCGAACGCGGAAACCAGAGGGAUCGAGACCGCGAAAGGGCUCAGGCCAGGUCCGGCGGCAAUAAAUCCAAGCCCAAAAACGACGGAUUAACCCCCGAACAACGCCGCGAGAGGGACGCAAAAGCGCUGCAGGAGAAGGCGAAGAAGAAGGCAGCGGCCGAGCAGGCAGGAGGGAUCAACGCCGGUGGGAAAAAAUGAGAUGGGAUGGAGAUAGUGUGAGGAUUAGGGACUAUAUUAAAUGGGAUUAAUGUGAUUGUGUGUAUUGUAAUUGUAUGGUGUGGGGUGGGAAUUAGCAGUAGCGGAGCUAGAAAUUUACGGGAAAUGGGCGGGAUUUCAAAGGGUAAAAGAUCCUCAAAAAUUUAGACAAUCAAAUAGUGGAUAAUAUUAAUGUCUGUUAUAAUCUGUAAUUAUCAAAUGACCAAAAUACCCUGGUGAUGGUGUCUUAAAUAAAUAUAGGUUGAGUUGUGACUUUUGGGAAGAGCAAAAUGAUAAAAUGUUGUCAUAUUUGAUA